ACAGCACCUAGUAUUUAGCAGCACUCCGGCUUCAUAACGAGCGUGAAUCCCAGAAGAUGGCUCUUUUGCAGAUACCACUGCGACCGUCACCAUCAUCGUCGACGUUGCCCAUACUGCGAGCAUCAGAGCCUGCAUCAUCAUCACCGUUCCCCGUUAAUCAGGGCUGUCGCCAUUUCAGCCACAGCGAUCUCCGCCCUUCUGCUCAUCAGCCGCUCCAUCUUCAAAAUUCAUAAUUCGAAAUGAACACUGCACGGGCUGCUGGGUCGCUUGGACGCCGCGUACACCAGAUAGUCGGAACACCGCUCGACAGCUCCGAGGUACGGUCGGCUCUCGAGUCGCUUGCGUCAUGCUACCAGCAAACCGGCAGCGUCAGCAGCAACAUGGAGUCCACAGGGCCGCAUGGCCUAGGCGGCCUGGCCCGCCAUCGUGACCUGCGCACCGACAUGCAGGAGCAGGUGUCGCAGCUUGACUCAGACUUUAUUGCGUCUCUGCGGGCUGUCGAUGCUGUGUUUUCGGAGCUCGAAAAGUCGGUGCUUGACAUUGACCAGCAAUGCAGCGAGCUGCGGGGCCAAGUCAACCUUGCCCUGCGGUGCACAGCGGGUGCUGCCGAGCAGGCUAGCUUGCUUGUCGACGAGCGCAAGGACUUGCGCACACGGCUGACCCUGGCCUCCGAGUUUGUUGCCCGCUUUGCGCUGACGGCUGACGAGGCUCAGGCGCUGGGCUGCGGUGCCACGGGCGACUCACGCACUAUUGUUGCUGAUGACCGGUACUUUGCCGCUCUGGACAAGCUGGCCAACACCCGUCUCGAGUGCCAAAAGCUGAUGGCCGUAAAGUCGCAGACUGCAGUCGAGGACCUGACGCGGGAGCUGGCGCGCCAGGAGGAGGUCGCCUACCAGGGCUUGCUGCGCUGGGUGCUUGGCGAGGUGCGCGAGCUCAACCGCGACUCGCCCGAGUUCAGUUCUCGCUUGAAGCAGGCGCUGCAGAAGCUGCAGUCACACCAGACCCUGUUUGAUGUCGCGCUGAAGGAGAUUGCAAAGAUCCGCUGCGAGUCGCUGGCCAAGUCGUUCAUCACUGCGCUUGUUCGUGGUGGUCCCAACGGCACCCCGCGGCCAAUCGAGGUCCACGCAGCCGAUCCCCAGCGGUAUGUGGGCGACAUGCUUGCAUGGGUGCACCAGGCGUAUGCGUCAGAGAACGAGUUGCUUGAUACGCUAUUCUCGCUCACCGACGCUGCCCAGCGCGAACAGGUGCGCGAGUCCAAGUCGAAGCUGCUGGGCAUGUCGCUGGAGAAUCUUGCCCGUCCGCUUGAGAUCCGGAUCGAGCAGACCGUAUCCGAAAUUCGCUCGCCUACCUUCCUGUACCGGAUCGACAGCCUGCUGAGCUUCUAUGCCGAGAUGUUUGCUAUGGCCUGUCCAGCAGACUCAGCCUUUAUGGCUACGAUGUACUCGCUGUGCAACACGACACGCGGCCGCUUGCUUGAUAUUCUCAACGCCUUGGCCGACACCGCCUUUGCCGAUUUAGAUAAUGUGCCUACGACGCUGGAUGUGCCGGCCUCGCUCAGCUCGCUGUUGGGUGUUCUCGGCGAAAUCAUGUAUUUGCACGAAGAUUCGAUUUCACAUAUGCUGCAGCCGGCGCAAGGCGAAAGCACCAAUGAGCUCUUGGUCAAGCCGAUCCUAGGCGACAUCAGCAAGAUGCUCGAGCGCAUCGCUGACGAAGCCCACGAAUCUGCGUCGCAAAACGCCCAGCUGAAACCAUACGAGCAGACCAUCUUCGAGUGCAACCUGCUGCUUGUCACACAAGAGGCCACCAGCCAGUUUAUCAGCCUGCAGGCGUGGCAGGCCCACUGCACCGAUGCCGAGGCGCGGCUGGGCGAGGUCCUGAGCGCGCAGUUGCUGGAUAUCCUGACUGAAAAGUCGCAGCUGCCGUUCGAAAGCGCAGAGUCGGUGGAUGGCACUGAUCUCGAGCGUAGCCUGGAAGGAUUCAACGCCAGCCUGAGGACUGGAACCGAAAUGGACGUUGCCCGACUGGUUAGUCGCCUCAGCAACCAGGCUGCUGCGCGCUCGAUUGCCCAAGGCGUCUCCCAGUCCUUCAUCGACAAGUACAGGGAAUUUUACACUGCCAUUUCUCAGAACCCGUGUCUGGACAAUAUGGCUGCUCUUUUGCACACACCGGAGACGCUGUCUACCUUGCUGUAGCUUCCAUCUCCAUCGCUACUUCCAAUAUAUCAUUUGCGUAUUGCAUGUAUGAUGCGGGCAGUACAUGUGGUAGCUGUCGCUUGCACCCCUCCUUCCGCUUAUGCCACCCUCCAGGAGCAGCUGUGCACAGCGCGCAAUUUUUUGUUGGCGUCAUUCCUUUAUCACGCCACCGGCAUGUGUGCAACCAACAUCUAUUUUCAUGUCACUGGUCGUCAUCUCGUAACCUGGUGCUAAAAUUAAAGUGAAAAGUGGUCUCUGUGCUACCUUAACCAGCUAAAAAUUUUU